AUGCUUGGUGCGGUGAUCAUUAUCGGUCUAUGCUACUUCCUUCAUCUCGGAUUGAGGCGCCUGAAGCAGCCUCGCGUCAUCUCUGAAGUCAUUGCUGGCAUCAUUCUUGGGCCCUCCGUCAUGGGCCGUAUUCCCGGAUUCGCCAACACCAUCUUCCACCCCGACGGAUUGCCCUUCCUCAAUCUCGUCUCCACCAUUGGUCUUGUGAUGUUCCUCUUCUUGGUCGGUCUGGAGCUUGAUCCUGGUCUGGUCUUGAAACGUGCACGGUUCGCCCUCGGGAUCUCUUUCGCAGGAAUGGCCCUUCCCCUCGGAGUCGGAGCAGCGGUCAGUUACGUCUUGUACGAAGAAUUGGGGCCCGACACAACCGUCGGCUUUGGACAGUUCCUGCUCUUCUGCGGAGUUGCCAUGGCUAUCACAGCCUUCCCUGUCCUCGCCCGCAUUCUCGCUGAGCAAAAGCUUCUCCAGACCAAGGUCGGAUUCCUCACCAUCUGCGCCGGAGCUGUUGGAGACAUUAUCGCCUGGAUCCUCUUGGCCCUCGUCGUGUCCAUCAUCAACAGUGCCAGCAAGAUCACCCCUCUCUAUGUCGUCCUUCUCUCGAUCGCCUGGAUCCUCAUCCUCUGUUUUAUUGUUCGCCCCGCCUUCAACUUUAUGAUCCGCGUCACCAAGUCUCAGGACGAGCCCAGUCAGACCAUGAUGGCGUUCACUCUAGUGGUCGUCCUCAUCAGCGCCUUUGUCACCGACAUCAUAGGUGUCCAUGCCAUCUUUGGCUCAUUCCUUGUCGGUCUCAUCAUUCCCAACGAGACUGGAUUCGCCGACGGAGUCACCAAGAGGAUCGAGGAUCUUGUCAGUGUCAUCUUCUUGCCCAUCUACUUUGCCCUCUCUGGACUCAAGACCCAGGUCGGAUUGCUGGACAAUGGCAGGAUCUGGGGAUUAGUCAUUUUGACCACGUUUGUCGCUUGCUUUGGAAAGAUCGCUGGGUGCACCAUCGCGGCCAAGGUCCAGGGCAUGGAGUGGCGAGAGUCGUUCGCCAUUGGUAUCCUCAUGAACUGCAAGGGUCUCAUCGAGCUGAUCGUCCUCAACAUCGGAUACGACGCCGGCGUCAUCAACGACAGGGUCUUUGUUAUCAUGGUCGCGAUGUGUCUCAUCACCACCUGCAUGACCACACCCGGUGUCACUUGGGUCUACCCUCCCCAUUACCAGCGUGCCGCUGCAAUGCGCGCCCUUGCCAAGGAGAGGAAGCUGGCUGGAGUCGUUGUGCGCGAUGAUGCAUCGGACGUCAUCGACAACAAGGGAUUCAUGCUCUGCCUCGACAAGAUCCACAACCUGCCCGCCAUGAUGACCUUCCUCGAGAUGUUGAACCAUUCCACCCCCGCCGCAGGUGACAAUGCCACAGCAGGAUCCCACUCGUCUCUCAGUGUCCCCGGAUCUAACCUCUCCAUGGUCAAGUCAGCCACAGAUGAGAACACCUCCAGCCCCAAGAUCAUGGCUCUGCGUCUCUUGCACCUGACCGAGCGUAGUUCGUCUGUGCUGAUGGCUGCUACUGAGCGCGCCGAAGUCCUCCGUCGAGACGCACUGAUGACUGUCUUUCAGGCGUUUGCCAAGCUGAACAACAUCCUCGUCCGCCCACGGAUGACUCUUUCGACCGACCCCGACGACUUUGCCAACAGUAUCUGCGACGAGGCUGCUGAGAGCGGAUCUGGAGUCAUCAUUAUCCCCUGGAACUCGACCUCGCUUCCGGACCCACCCAUGAACAACGCUGAAGGAGGCGAUAACCCUGUCUUGUCGCGCCCCCUUGUGACUUCGAACACCCAGCUGGUCAGCCGUCUUCUCAACACAACUGCCAAUUCGGGUCUUGUCACUGCCGUCUUUGUCGACAGAGAGUAUGGCGGAGCUGGACACUUCACCAACAUUGUGGUGCAGAUCUAUGGAUCACUGGACGACGAAGAGGCGCUGAAGAUGGCCUCUGCACUGAGCCACAACCGCCUCUGCAACAUUGUGAUCAUCCGUGUCGACGCUUACAAGGAGCUACUUGACGAGAAGGACGUUCGAGUGAACAUUAAUGACAAUGAUUCGAUUGUGUCGUCGGCGGAGGAGCAUGUUGAACUGCCCCAUGACAACCAGAUCCUUGUCCAUACCUACUUUGCUCACCGCGCCUUCGCCCAUAACGACAAGCGAGCCAACAGCAAGCGUACCUCUGACUCGGGAGCUGUCGAGGCUGGCUUGGGCAUCUAUUUCCACGUUGUCCCCACCCUGCAAGAUUCGAUUGGACUCGCCAAGACCAUUCUAGGAUCCCGCGAUCUGUUGAUUCUCGGCCGUGGACUGACCACCAAGCAAGGCCGUGCAGCCUCGACCUUCUCGCCCGACACCCAUCAACAGGUAUCCAUGGGCGUUUAUGGAACCUCGACAAGCGCACAGCACAACAUCUCUAACUCUCGCCUGCCAGGACAGCACUACAACCUGCCUACUGGAAUGAACGCAUCGGCCGUAGGAACGCCUCUGCACCCCAUCGACAACCCAUUGGACACCCACGAGAUUGUUCAGACUGGCACCAGCACCAGCGAUGUACGCCAUCGUUCGCUCCGUGCCCAGCCAUCGUCUCGCGACAUGCACAACUCAUUCAUGACGGUGACAUCGAUCCUUGGUGUUGUUGCCCAAAAGUACCUGAGCUCUGGCAUCGCCUGCUGUUUAUUGGUAGUCCAGUCUGGUACACGACCUGCAGGUGCCAUUGUGGCGCAUGGAAACGAGAUAUCCCGAGCCGGCUCUGCUGUGUUUCACGAGUCCGCUAGGAGUGCCCAGCCAGGUCCAGUUGAUGCUCAUCACAGUAACCGGCCUUUGGGAUUCGAGUCAGAGCAUGCCCCGGCAUACAGCCCGGAGCAGCAUCACAUCCGCAUUGUCCCCGAAAGCGACAAACGCGCGUAG